GCUGCGGAUUAGAGUUAAAAAGGAUGCAAGCAGUCACACGGAACACUCUUGCAAUAGUGCCCGGGGGUCAGAAUUCACAAGGACGCAAGCUGCUGGCUGUGUGCAGCGAUGAUGGCCGUCCGGCUGGUAGCUAGGAUAUAUGGCUCUGCUACAAGAGCUUUAUGUUUUGGUGGUUGGCGCUCACUGCAUACAGUAUAUCAGAUGGCAGAGCUUCCAGAGACUCACCAGAUGUUGCGACAGACGUGCAGAAACUUUGCAGAAAAUGAGCUGAUGCCAGUUGCAGCACAGCUGGACAAAGAACACAAAUUUCCAGCAGAAAAGGUGAAGAAGAUGGGGGAGCUAGGACUGCUUGCCAUGGAUGUCCCUGAGAAGUACGGGGGUGCAGGCCUUGACUAUCUGGCUUAUUCCAUUGCUAUGGAGGAAAUUAGUAGAGGCUGUGCAUCUACUGGAGUCAUCAUGAGUGUUAACAAUUCAUUGUAUCUGGGUCCCAUCUUGAAGCACGGCACCGAAGAGCAGAAGCAGCAGUGGGUCACUCCCUUUACAUCAGGGCAAAAAAUUGGCUGCUUUGCUCUAAGUGAACCAGGAAAUGGCAGUGAUGCUGGUGCAGCCUCCACCACUGCCCAGCUGCGUGGUGACCAGUGGGUUCUGAAUGGUACCAAAGCCUGGAUCACGAAUUGCUGGGAUGCUUCUGCUGUGGUGGUCUUUGCUACGACGGACAAAUCCCUGAAGCACAAGGGCAUCAGUACAUUCCUGGUUCCAUUGCCAACACCAGGCCUCUCUCUGGGGAAGAAAGAAGAUAAGUUGGGAAUCCGUGCCUCAUCUACUGCUAACCUAAUCUUUGAAGACUGCCAGAUCCCAAAAGAGAACUUGCUUGGACAGCCUGGAAUGGGAUUCCGAAUUGCCAUGCAAACACUUGAUUCUGGAAGGAUAGGAAUUGCAUCCCAGGCACUCGGGAUCGGGCAAGCAGCUCUGGACUGUGCUGUGGAUUACGCUGAGAAGAGGAUUGCCUUUGGCUCACCAAUCUCAAAAUUGCAGGCCAUUCAGUUUAAGUUGGCUGACAUGGCUGUUGCAUUAGAAAGUGCCAGAUUGCUGACCUGGAGAGCAGCUAUGCUGAAGGAUGCAGGAAAACCUUACACAAAGGAAGCAGCAAUGGCAAAACUGGCUGCGUCUGAAUCAGCAACAUUCAUUUCUCAUCAGGCAAUACAGAUUUUAGGAGGCAUGGGCUAUGUAACAGACAUGCCAGCUGAGAGACAUUACCGUGAUGCCAGAAUCACCGAGAUUUAUGAGGGCACCAGUGAGAUCCAAAGACUGGUGAUAGCUAAUCAGGUCCUAAAGGAAUACCAAGGCUAGAAUCUACAGACAUCUGGAAUGAAGCAAUGGCCUUUGUCAUGUGACUGAGCGUGCUUGGCUUAGAGUGGAGUACCUUAUCACAGGAAUUGCGAGGCAAAGACUUUACUGUACUCAGUAGCAGGAUUUUGUCAGAUCUGCUUCUAGCAAGGAAGAGUGUAGGUUAUUUUCAGGAUAUGUUUCUCAUAGAUAAGCUGUUCUUCAGGAGACCUACAAUUCUGCGUUGCAUUAUAUAUUCAAGAUCAACAUUUCAUGUGUGCCUGUAUCACAGCACAUAGAGAAAAGGACUUAAAUGUUUAAUAUCUUCUGGUACAGUAAUGUUUAAAAGUGUUUUAGCUUUUAUAAAACGGCUUCUGAGAACCAGAAACAUCCCCAGUGUUGAUUGAUAGGAAUACACACUUGGAAACCUGAUUGUUACGUGAUAUUUUCUUAGCAACUGUACAUAAAUAUCUUCCUUCUACA